AGUUCACUGCACAGAGUUAGAACGCAAAGUUCUGUACUUUAACUAAAAUAUUUGCCGGAAAAUUUUAUUACAAGAAUUAAAAUAAAUAAAAAAUACCUACCCCCAAUUUUAAAUAUUCUAACGUCUAUGCAACGAUUUAAAAACAGUGUUAAUAAAAUAAGUCUAUGUGAAAAUUAAAAAUAAAAUUCGCGCCAAAAAUGACAUUUACAACUUUAGUGUGACCAUGACUUUGUUAAGUUCUGCCUGAAAAGUGACAGUUAAGUUUUAUUUAAAAAAACAUCGGAAUGAAUUAAAUUUUUUUGAAAGUGCAAAGUUCAAAGGUGACAUUAUGCCGCAGAUUUUCUUCAAAAAAGUGAUGGUUGUGCGAGACCGUGGCAAUUUCGAGGAUGCCAGUUAUGUAAUCAACCGACGCUACACGAAGAGCAAGAUGUCACCAGUCUGCCACAACUUCGUCCAGAAUGCGUGGAAGAAGGACUUCUGCUCCAACUGCUUCAAAUCGCGGGAAGAGCACGCCAAGCAGGAGAGGACGACGGAAGGCAGCAAAUACUUAGUCACUCCGUUCCAGAACAGAAGCACAUUCUUCAAGAAAACUCCUCCCAGUAUCCUGAAAAUACAUCCAAAGAAAAAGGGCAAACGAAACGUCCGAUUCCCCGAAGAAGUUUGCAGUGUUAUAGGAUAUGGGGGCGAUGAUUGGUCUGACGGCGAAGAAUUUGAAGUUUCAGAGGACAACGGCGAUGAGGACACAUUCCCAGACACAGAGGAAGAAAGAGAACUCCACAAAAUAACAAAAUCUAACACGGACUUCAAUACAGUUAAAGCUAACUUACUCGGCGACUCUCUGACAAAGUCUUACACCUCGUUAUUACUGGGGAAAGUUCAAACGGAUUCCGACGGCAAAAAGAAGACCUUAAUGGUUUCAGUGACUCCCUUUGGCCAUGAGAAUAAUGGUAAAAAUCCAAAUGUCAAGACGCAUACUCGAAAGCCUGCCGUUAUAAAUUUAGCUGAACAAACAGAAGAAUCGUCCAGUUACAAAACAAAUAUUAUUCUGUCUACGUACAUGAAAGAAUCUGAAACUAUUAUUACAACGGAAGGUGCAAAGCCACCUAACGGUAUUUUAUGUACUGAAAAAUCCUUGCUAGAGGAAAUAUCAGAGACGUUACAACAAAAUAGGAUAAGUGGUACUGAGUCAAAUCUAGCUCAAAGCGAAUCUAGUAAACCUUCCAUCGUGGAAGGUAAAAUGAAACAAAGUAUGCAAGAUGAAUGCGAAAGGAAAGAGAUGUCUGAAACGAAAAAGAAUAGUAUUGUAAGGAAAUCGCCAUUGAACAAAACCCAAGAAAGGCCAAAAGUAAAUCUAAGUCGAUCAGAGUUCAAAUUUUGUAAAAUAAACAUUGAAAAUAGUAGUGUUGAUUCUGCAGUAGAUACGCUUAGCUCGACCGCAAACAACUCCCUGACGUCCGACGAUGAGAGCUUCGGUGGACGAGCAGAUUCCGAUAACGAUGACAGCGGACAUUUCUCGGAAGGUCACAAAAUUGAAGAAACCGUUAAAAUAAAAGUGUACAAUGAAGAUAAAAACAUCAAAAUGUCUCCCAUCGGCCAACUACGGAAAGUAGACGGACACGCUAGUAACGGAUAUUCCACAUUCCAAAGUCCGAUCAUUGACAUGCCGCCGAUCAUUCCCAAACAGCCGGAAACAAUAUUUUCCGCGGAAGCCAGUCGUGAGUUGGCCGGUGAGCCGGAUGGUAGGGCAGACCCUGACGAUACGAGUGAAGCGCCGGCCUUACCUAGCAGUCCCGUUCCGACUAUGGAUCCGCGGCCAUCAUUUUUACACGGCAUGAUAACAGACAUAAUACCUAUAAAACCGGUUCCCCCAGAAAAGCCAAAACUCCCCGUCAAACCAGUUAUGAAACAAAGUAAAAAGAACAUUACGUCACCACCACAGGUUAUUCAUACACAAACGUCGAAAAAAGAGGAAGAAAAUGCUGUUAAGUACUCAAACGAACAUACAAAAAGUGAAAUUAACGAAUACCGGUCAGAUACCGUGUACUACGCGAAACCAGUGCUCACGAAACAGGACAGCGAUACUUCUUUGAACAGUUUAUGUAAGCGCAAGGCGCCCACACCACCUCUGUCUCCUACCGAAGAAUACUCGAGUAACUUAUACCAAAGAAAUCCAAACGGAUUUAUGAAAUCAGAUUCGCCAGUUGUGAGAGAAAUGGAGAAACGAGAGAGAGCUGUGAUGUCUUCAUUACCAAAAAUGAGAACUUUAGAUGAUGAUAUCAAGAAACCAGAAAUAAUGCCCGAACCGGCACCGAGAAGAAACAUUUCACUAUCACACGAUAAUCUUCUAUUGGAUGAAAAACGGAAGGGCAAACUAAAAUUUUCCAUCAAAAAACUACUCCGUAUUGGAUCAUCAAAAGAUUUGGAUAAGAAAGAACUGAGCGUUGCCACCGUUACAAAAGUUUCCAGUAAGACCGAGGAGAUAUACGACUUGACCCCGAAACCUAAACCGCGUCUCGUCAUCAUUCAUCCUUUAGAUAUAAACGGAUCAAGUGUUGAAGUUGUGAAAUCGAAUUGUGAAAUUUCUGACAGCUUGCGCCGCUUGAGUCACGAGGACGUUUCGUCGAUAUACAGUGGGAGCAGUUCUGCCACGGAUGACGCACCUUCGAGGGUAGUCAACAAACCACCUCCUCCUCCGAGGAUAUCCAGCGAGGAUUAUAAGUCUGCUUCCAGUGUACCAAAGCCUGCCAGACCACCCCCACCGAAAUCUAUAGCGUUGCAAAAGAAACAGAAACAACAAACGUGGUCAAACGCACCAAAGCAGGAUGACAAUAUUUACGCUAAUUUAGGAGAGAUCCGAUCGGCGCUGGCGCCAAGAAAACCAGAACGGACGGCGAGCAUGCGCGAACGCGAGUCGCAUCUUGAAGUAGUCAAGCGCAGGACUUCACUGGACGACGACAAAGAUGACGUAGACGAGCCACAAGAGCUCGUGCAAGCCACCAACGACCCAGUGAUACACAGCUACGACGAUGUUUACAGUAACGGGAAAUACGAUGAGGAGAAUUGUGAUUCAGCCAAAAAUAGCGAUAGCGACUACGAAUACGUACACCACGCCAGAUCCAGCUCUCCAGAAUGCGAUGCUGGCAUCAAAACUAGGGCAGAAGAAAGGACUGAACGAAAAGAUGAUAGCACCGUUGAAUUUCCCAAAUACAAUUUCAGAUCUUCCCUUCCGUACUGCGGUAGCGAGACCGAAUCAGAAAUCUACUCUCCAUACAGUUUCUAUAGCACGGAUAAUAUUGACAGUCCCACAAAUGACGAUUACCAGAACGAUAUGACUCCGAAAAACACUACAAACAAAUUGAGAGUUAGGAAAGGAAGGAGUGUGGUGCACAAGAAUCUGGAGGAUAAUUAUGGCGCGGUUGUUAUCGCGAAUCACGAGGCGCUGGCGCAGGUUUUAGAACAGGUCCAGCAAAGUGCAGCCAUGCAACCAUCGCUGCGUGGUCUCAAAGCUUGCACCAAUCUCCGCUGGAGUGACUUCUCCAUCCAGCAAAACAAGACCUUCACCAAAGCCGGCAAGAGAUUCUUCUACCCAGCGCUUUGGACCUCAAACCAGGGCCCAGUCAACGUCACCCUGAUGCUGUAUAAGGAGCAGAUGGUUUCUCAGAUGGUCUGUCAGUCAGUUCAGCCGACCACGCUGAGCUUGAAUGCGAUAACGGAGUUCUGUGACUUGGUUCCUUUGCAGCAGUUCGGGGAGGAUGGCGAAGAUUUAGUACAAGCCACAAUAGUCGUCCUAGCGCACGCGCAAGUCGACACAAUCCAGUCAUAUGGCGAAAACCUCCACUCGACUGAAGGUUCAAAAGACAUCCAACUCCAAGCCGACCAGAUCCACGAAGCCAUAUUUAUGAUGCUGCAACUCAUCAACGGGCUCAAGUGUCUGCAGGCGCGAGGAGUUGAGGAGAUCCCUGAGAGCCUCACGUCUUUUAUAGUCCUGAGGGAGGUUCAGUCAUCACACGGCAGCACUAUGAACCAGCCUUUGCCUGACGAUCGACUAAGCUCGCUGUCAGCACCGAAGACCAACUGUUAUGGGCGACUAUGUAUCUUGCAAGGACUAACCGACGAUAUGAACUGCAGCAAAUCCACAGAUGAAGACCUCAAUUCCCUCUGCAAGUGUGCCACCAAAGCCACCCAAACCCUUCUACCAGGAGACAAACUGACACCACUCAUAAAAGAGAUCCUUCUAGAAGAACGCGCGGUAUCCUUAAAUCAGGCGAAAUCAGUACUGGAGUUCAUGCUUUGGGGACCUUUCGAUGUCGUACAAGGAGUGCCGGUCGAAGAAAGGGAGUUAUCUUUACAAAGAUGGUUGGAUCUUGAAAGGGCGACAGUUCUGCACGGUUUAGUACGAACUAGGGUACAAUUGAAUGUCUUCGAACAGUUGCAUUUGAUGUUCUUAGUACGGUCAACUGCUAAAGCCAUGUGCGACGCGUCGGUGUUACUGGAAAAAGCCAAUGUUAUUUAAGUAGUGAAAGGGACAACGCCAUACGAUAGAGAGGGAUGUGAAUACUUUUAUAAGUCUGUUUAAUCGUGCAGUGAUGCUUUAGCCAGAUUAUACCAGAAAUUAAUGGUAAAUUAACAUAUUUUGCAACUUUUGAGAGAAGUAGCCGAUUUUUCCCAAAAAAAUCGGUUCAGUAAUGACCGAUUUUUUAAUGUAAAUGAAAUAAUGCUAUAAGAAUGACAAAAAGUCAAAGCUACCAAUUUUUAACCGAAUUCACAAAAAUCGGUCGCAUUAUAAUCAGUCGUCAGAAUUGGCCUGCACGUUUAGAUAUCUUAUAAAUACUAUGUAUUUUCAUUUUCCUAAUAAUUUUGAUGUUAUAAAGAUUUUCUACUAGGAACUCGAAUUAUAUUAGUAGAUUUUAUAGUGUUGCAUUCAAUACAUUUCUUUAAGCUUUACUCGAAUAAUUUGUAAGUGCGUGUGUUUUUUGAACAAAAUAAUAAUAAUACAAACGAUUUAUAGUUAAAAAUAAUACACAACAAUGUUGAUUAUGACCUAGGUACGCUAACACAUGUUAAAGCAUCACUUUUUUUACACAGUAGAAAUCUGUUUUAAUUUAAAAUUUUAAGAAGGGUAAUACGUAAAAAUAUACGUAAAAAUUCACACGUACACCAAUAAACUUAAAAUAUUUUGUUAUUUAUAAGAUUUUAGUUAAGUUGGGCACCAGUAAGAAAAAAAUAUAUUUUAACAACUCUAUAUGAAUUGGCAUGUCUGUAAUAUUAUUCGAAAUUAACUUACUAGGUAUACACUUAAUUUAUUAAAAUUCAAUUUCGGCGGAAAUAAUUUUCAUUAAUUUAUGUGACUUCGAAAUCAUAAAAUUCAAAAAAUCUUGCCAACCGUUGCUUAGUAUCUAAUAAAUAACUGAAAAAAGACUGCCAUCGGUCAAGAGAGCUAAAAGGAGAUCGAUUAUAAAAUGACCGAUUUCAUAUUUCAUUGAAUCGGCCGAUUUAAUCUGAUACAACUUCAGUGCCAAUAAAAACAGCAUCCCUUGCAUCAAACGGUUGACUAUUGCGUUGUAAUUAUUGUUAUAAGCUGAAUUUAUGCUCAGCUUUGUCGCCCUGCGUUCUUUUUAGCUGAAACUUUGAAAGCAACUGAAACUGAACUGAAAACAACUUUAUCCACGGAAAGAAGUCAGUGUAUCUAGUUACUUAAUCCCAUACAAAAUCUCAGUCCGCGUUAACCAACCAUUCAACAUAACCAACGAAACUAUGUUUUCUAAUUUUUCGAAUGUUUUAAAAAACAUUUUCGAAUUGAAUUUCGAAUAUUUUUGUAAACAUGUUUGUGAUUGGUUGGUGUCUCAAAAUGGUAAACGCCCACUGAGAUUUUUGUCUCUGUCAUUUGUAUAGGAUUACGUAUUAGAGAGAGCGCUUUACUAACUUCUUUCCGUGGAUAGAGUAUAGUUUCAUCUAUUUCACAUCAUCACAUUGACAGCUGUCAAAUUUGGUGUUAGAGAUGCAAAAGUCAGAACUGAAUUAAUAUAAUAUACUCAUUUAAACGUAAACACAACCGGUGCCUUAUGUAUUAUACACGACUAACUGUACAUUUAACACUUUGUAAUUUAUAUUAUCUAUAGUUGUUUAGCUCUGUAAGCGACGCUGCAGUUCAAAUGUUUACUUCUCUUUUAUAAGAAACGUUCAUCGAAUAUGAAAUAAACAAAAUACUUAUUA